AUGUUCUACUAUGACAAUUGGCCUGUACUAAUAACAGCAUUAGAAAUGUACGCAGCUUCGGGUGUAAGCGUAUUCAACUUGCCAAUCAUGAACAUCAUCAAAGAGAUAUAUGAUGUUCUUAAGCUGUACGAAGCUCAAAUAAACUUGAACAUUGAAUUUGGAAUUGUCAUACCUAACAUUGUAAGUGAAAAACUUUUUUUAAAUUGUAAGUGCAAAUAUAUAUAAGUACAUACGAUAGUUAAAUAUAUAACAAAUGUUUGUACUUUAAGCCUGGCUACAAUCCCAGUGCCCAAACAGCGGCAAUAAGCCAAAGAAUGUGUUAUAAUGAAUGUUUUUACAAGUAUCGAGAAGCUGCCGAGUUUAUAUUAUUUGCUGAUCUAGACGAGGUCAUCAUAGCAACAACUGGAAAUCUGCUUGUCGAAGCUAGACAAUAUCAUUUUCAGUACCCAGAGAUAACUGGAUUCGAAUUUCUGUGGAAAAAUGCGGAGUACAAUAAAGGUAAAAUAGGUUUUGUAAGGUAGAUUAGAGUUGUACAGUGGAACUUCUGUAUAACGAAUCGCUCGAGGAUUGAAAAUUCGUUCGCUAUAAAGCAGUUUCGUUAUACAGGAGUUUUAAAUGCACUGUGCAGUGUUAGACGGGGAUUCAAAAGUUGUUCGUUAUACGGGAUUUUCGUUAUAGAGGAGUUCGUUAUACAGGAGUUCUACUGUAUUCGUUAAGCAAAUAUGUAAAGCUGUCAAACCUAUGUAAAGCUGUCAAAAAAAGGAGCUCAAUAAACCCGGCUCGACCCUUUUAGAAAUCUAGAAAAAAAUUUUUUGAGCCGGAGUAACUCCUAUAUAACGAACUCCUCUGUAACGAAAACCCAGUAUAGCAAACAACUUUUGAAUCCCCGUCUACCACUACACAGUGCAUAUAAAACUUCUGUAUAACAGAACUCCUUUAUAACAAACAAAUUUCAAAACCCUGAGCGAUUCGUUACACAGGAGUUCUACUGUAUUUACAAUAGGAUUUUCCAUAUUCUAGCAAAAUAAGAUAUCUUAAAGCCUACAGUAACCAAGGUUGUUACAUUGAUGCUUCGCAACUCCUUUGCCAGUUUGUAUAAUCAUAUAUAAGAGACUUAAAACUAUACAAAAUGACAUAAUUAUAUAUAUACAAUUUAUCCAUUUAGUGUCAUCUCCGUCCACUUUUUCUCCAAACGACAUAUUUAAUCGACUUAAACUAGACAAGAUUCAAGGUGUUGGAAUGUCAAUUGUAAUUCCAAAAAAGCUUCCGUUCUCUCCUCUACAUUCCGUUCGUGGUAUGCAAUACAACGGUGUAGAGUUGAAGAGUAUGAACGUGAAGGAAAAAGAUGGUUUUACUCUUCGUUUACGAAAUGUUAGACCUGAACCAAUAAGAACAGAACAAUACCCUCAGGAAAUUUUGGAUUUUUUCUUGACAACAGUUUCGACCAACUUUUUAAAACGAAAAGAAGACAGCAGUUUCAAAAAGGCUUUGGACAAUCUACCACGAGAGUCUUUCUUUGCUCUACAACUAAAAGCUUGUAAGACAAAAAGCUACAACAACCAAGCUAUAGCCUGCUCUGAAUACUAUAGUCUUCAGAAUUGUGACCUCGACUUCACCAACAGCCCUAAAAGUUUAGCAGUUCAGGCUGACUAUACUAAACAUCGCUACAAUAAGUUGAAUGUAUAUUCGUGUAGUAAUCGCCAGAUUGUCUACAAAGAAAACUGUAAAUUUGAGUUACCAGAACCGGUAGAAGUGCAUCGAUACUCAUUUGUAAAAAUAUUUUUUUCAGUUAUUGUAAUUUUUGUAAUAUUAUUUACAUUUUGUUAUUUACGUAGACCCAGUGAGAAUAAAGUUCGUAUUGUUUAAUUCAAAAUGUAUUAUAUAUGUCGCGACGUCAGCGUAGCGAGAGUAUUGAGACGGAGUGAAUCACCUUGUAGGGUGGGAGGCGAGGGGACCAAGAGGGCCCUGGAUUCACUCCUCUAUGAUCGGAACCAAUAAUGUCUCCUUUGUAGCUCAAAUGGUAGAGCAAUCGCCCGGCAAGCGAGAGGUUAGAUAUUUUCCACCUCGAAUCAAUGCCGGCCCCGCCCAGCCGAACUAAAUUUGAAAAUCAAGCCCGGAAGUGUAAGCCCGAAGACUGUGGUUUAAACUAAUGCAUUAUAAUGCCACAAGUGUUAAGCCUGAGUCUAGCAGCAAAAGGUUUGACUUGUGAAAAUUGUAAAACCUGAUGUUAAAACCAUGUACUUAAAGGACCAGUUCGCCCAUUCAAAUAUCAUUGGCAUUCUGUCGCAAAAAUUCGACGUUCAUUUUUUUCGCAAAAAACCUGAGCAGGUCGGUCCCAAAUUGGAAAAUUCAUUUCGACACCGACCCACUCACGUUUUUUGAGAAAAAUGAUUUUGAUUGAAAUUGCCUGAUUUUCGACGAUUUUUGCGACAGAAUGCCAAUGAUAUUUGAAUGGGCGAACUGGUCCUUUAAGAUAAAUUUAUAAAUUGUUUUAAAAAAUUUAAAUUGCUAAAAUACAGUGGAACUCCUGCAUAACGAAAUUUUCGUAUAAUGAACAACUUUUGAAUCUCCGUCUAUCACUGCAUAGUGCAUUUAAAACUCCUGUAUCACGAAACUCCUUUAUAACGAACAAAUUUCCAAUCCCCGAGCAAUUCGUUGGGCAGGAGUUUUACUGUAUUAAUUAUUUAGGGCACAGAAGCAGUACAAUACAAGUUUUCCUAGUUAUAAUUUUAAAUUGCGCUUAACUAUUUUGUACGUCUAUGUUUAAAGAACCGCACUAUACUCAAAACCUUGAAUAACGAACAACUUCCCAAACUUAUACAGGAGUUUUACGUUGUUUUAAAUGCACCUUUGGCUAGUGCACUUUCUCUAUUCUAAAUAAAAAUUAAAAAAUGAAGGUUUAGCUUCAUCUAAUCUAUUGAAAAGCAAAAAAACUAAAAUUAGAUUUCGCUAAACUCAAAAGUUCUUUUUGAAACUAAGCUGCCUUUAUCUCAAAUUUUGUCAAUGAAAUCUACGCCAUAAUUUUAGCUAUUUAAAAGCUACAUCUAAUUUUAAAAUGGCUAUAAUCAAGUGUAAACCAAAUCUUUUUAAAUUCCGGUAUGCCGCCUAUAUAGUAAUAUUAUUGUUCUCUCUGAUACAGCUUGUUUUUCUGAUAACAAACUCUUUACUUUCUGGUCCGAAGCCUUUUAAACGUCCGCCAGGAACCGAACACCUCCAAUGUGAAUGGGUAUACGAUGGUCAACAUCCCGAAUACGUAAAACAAUUGGCUGACAACCGAACAACAUUCGUUGAUCCAGAAGAAGAUCAUGAGCUGCCAACUGACUGUGCGUCUAUUAGAAACCGUCACAAUUGGAAUAAACGACCGCUGAGUCAAGAAGAAGCGGACUUUCCAAUCGCGAUAGCUAGGACAAUAUACGGUGACUAUUUCUAUCAGGAAAUGACAUUAGCAGCCAUAUAUCAACCUCAAAAUCACUACUGUUUAUCACUUGAUGUUGAUGUGAGCGAGGUGAAUAAAAAACGUUUUCACAAUUUGGCUAGCUGUUUUCCCAACAUUGUUAUACCGCCGGUUGAAAGGAAAAUGAACAGUGAUGGCUAUAAUAUUGAUCUAGCCAACCUGGAUUGUCUGAAAGCAUUGACUACAAAGAACAAGAAGUGGAAAUACGUGGCUGUUUUGCAUGUAAGUCAAAUUACAUUACCUUCUUUGAUUUAAAGACUUUAGAACCUCCGUGUAUCAAAUUGCUUGGAAAUAUUUAAUCGUUCGUUAUUAAAAACGUUUUGUUAUAAAGGGGUUCGUUAUACACAACCUUUACUGUAUACAUACGUAACAGGUACAGUGGGGUAGAGUAAAGUAGACUAGAGCCUAGAGUACGAUAGUCUUAAGGUACAUUAAGGCCUUGGGUACAGUAGGGUCUAAGGAACGGUAGUAACUAAGGUAUGAUAUGACCAAAGGCACGGUGAGAUUUAAGGUAUAGUAAGACGGGUAGGGUAGGGUAUAAUAAGGGUAGGGUAGGGUAGGGUAGGGUAGGGUAGGGUAGGGUAGGGUAGGGUAGGGUAGGGGGAGGGUAGUGUAGGGUAGGGUAGGGUAGGGUAGGGUGAGGUUUAGAAAGUUUUUUAAAAAAGUUGAACUUUUUAGAUUUCAGAGUUACGACUUGAUUUUAAGAACCAACGCGGAAAUAGUGCAAAUUUACAAGUGGCUUAACGGUGCAAAUGACAUUAGCAUAACUAAUGGCGGUCCGCAUCGAGUGAGCAGAUUUGUUAACUGGACCGUCAACAACGUCAAGCUUUUUAAAAAAGGUAGAUUUUGGAUAUUGAGGUUUAGCUAUUAAGUGUCGACAUAAAGAACCCGCCAUUUUUUACAGUAAUUUACAGGAAAAGUAUGGCGGAUUCUUUAUGUCGAAUUCUAAUAGGAAGGGACCAACUAGCCUCGGGCCGGACCAAGUUUGUGUAACACUUUUCAACUUUUUAAUUCAUGUCUUUAGAAUCCAAAUACCAUAAACACUUUGAAACAAACGAUGUCCAACUUACAUUUGUUCGAGCUGACAACAAAAACAAGAUGUCGUUAAGCAGAGAAGCGGUCGACUUUAUGCUUAAAGAGAUGGACAUUGAGCGCCUUAUCAACAUGAUAAACAAUAGAUGGGUUGUAGGAACAGACGAAGUCGUGUUUGGCACGCUUCUUUCUAUGCCACAACUUAUGAUACCUGGCCAUUUUACUCAAGAAUGUAUCAUUCAAAUGAGGUUGAACAUGUAUGCUACUAAUCAUGCAACCUUUGGCAAUCCAAAGUAUUGCUUUAGCAACAAGUUUGUGAACAAUGUGUGUGUGUUUGGAAUAGAAGAUUUAGUGAAACAUGUACAUUAUGUUAAGCAUAUCAGCAUUAAGAAAUUACUGCCUUCGUUUGACCUGAAUGCCGUGGUUUGUGAAGUAGAGAACACGUAUCAAAGGACGCACGGUAUAGUGCCAUACCAACCCUUGAAUCGAGAUUACUACACUAGUUUGCAGCAUGUAAGUAAAUGUUCUUUUUUCAAACUUAAAAAUUAGUUUUUUAGUCUAAACUUAGUUGUAAGCCUAAAAUUAGUUUUAAGCCUAGAAACGAGUUUUAAGCCUAAAAAUAAGUUUUCAAGCUUAAAAAUUAGUUUCAAGCCUAAAAUUCGUUUUUAAGUUUAAAAAUUAACUUUAAAACCAAAAAAUUAGUCUUUAAGUCUAAAAAACACUUCUAAGCCUAAAAGUUAUUUUUAAACCUAAAAAUUCGUUUUUAAGCCUAAAAAAAUGUUUUAAUCAUAAAAAGUAGUUUUUAAGCCUAAAAAGUUUCAAAAACCAAAAUUUAAAACACAUUACUUCUUUGUAGGUACGAUAUCACCACUGGCGUUCUCAAAGUAAUUUUAACACAACUGGUCAAUCUUUCACUUGUUGAACUGUACAUUUUAUAUUUCUACCCAAAAUAAAGAUAUUAUCAUAUUAUCAGUAGAAACAAAAUUAAAAUCGUUUUAGACUUGUAAAACAAUUGAGUUUGCUCCUUAUGAACUUAAUUGUUGCCUUGUCCUCAAGCACACAUUUGCCACUCCGCUACGACCAGGCUUGGGGAUGGUGCUCUAA